CAAUGAUAAAUGGAAUACUUCAUGAUAAUUGCGCAGUCGUGAAAUAAGUAUUUUCAAACCUGGGCAUUUUGUAACUUUGCGUUGAAUUAGCUAUCUGUAUGCAAGUACGGUAUUUAGCACAAGGUGGAAACGUUUUAUAAGUAAAAUUGUUUGUAUGGUGAAUUGGGUAUAAGCAUUGAUGUUAAGCAACUAUUUUAACAAGUGUUAAUACCGAUAGCUUAACUGUGUAUGAACUAUUUUAAUCAAGAAAAGGAAACAGUACUGCUUAAGAACUUUUUUAAUGCAGGGCAACGCGGAUAACGUUAUUGUGAAUCAACUAUUUAAAUAAAGCUACAUACUGAUAGCGAAAAUGCAAAAGAACUGAUAAAAGAUUAAGGAAAGUGUUACUGUAUAUGGACUGUUUUAAUAAAAGUGUAUACGGGAUCUUUACUGCUUAUGAACCCGUGAACUUAAGGUAAAUACGAAAAACUGUAUUGUGAGGGAGCAAUUUUAACCAAGUGCAGAACAACGGAAUAAAUUAAAGAAAUCAAAGACUAUCGCCAAAUGGCGUCCGAGACGGAAGUACGUUUGACGGUGGGGGAAGAACGAGUUGCGCCUGGCGAUAUCACGAAGAGGGAAGCCCUUGAUUUAAAAAACAGAGAUCCAGAAAGCCUGCACGAUAAUUUGAGGAUCCACUUUCACGACGUGUUCGGGGAGCCUGAUGAAAGCGUUUACUCCUUCGACUGUGUGUGGACAUGUGCCUUCAGGCUGUUUACCAACGUGAAGCUCUGGACGUACAGAAUCGUUUCGUUGCUGUGUGGUCUCCCACUCGCCAUCUACUGGGGUGUCUACUUCGCCAUCCUCUCUUUCUGCGUCAUCUGGUGCUGCGAGCCCUACUUGAAAGCCUUCGCCAUUGAGUUGGGAUGCGUGCGGAGGAUCUUCAACACCUUGCUGGCCGCCUUCUAUAGACCUUGUGCGGAGACCAUCGGGUACAUAUUCUACAAUAUCCGAAUAACCAGACAGUAAUCCGAGACCAUUGGAUACAUGCUUGUUUAAAUCCGAACCACCAAACAUAAUCGUACAGUCCGACAGAAUCCAUGUGUAUGUGUAUGCAUCACUUGAUACCAGUAUGCUCGUACGUGUUUGAAUGCUAUUUAAUUAAUAAAAAACCCACAUAUUUUGGCACCAAUUAAGUCAUGUUGCACGUUAAUAACUUUUGAGGAGCUUUACUGUUUCGUUAAUUUUAAGGGUGAAAGUCUUUCUCAUUUCAUUUAAUCACAGUACAUGUACACAGAGCAGCAAAUAACAUUUACCCCAAUACAACAUCAGUCACUAUAGCAACUGCCGAAUAUUACAUAGCAAGUCAUUUUCGUGUUCGGAAACGGCAUAUUUUGUGUACCAAAAUGUAAAUAAUAGUACAAUUGAAUACUCAUGUUGUGAAAAACGUCUUUGUAAUGCUUUGUCACUGUUGUGCUGAUGGAAAUAGCAACACUGUAUAGGUAGAUUAGAAUCUAUUCUGAAGGGUAAACUUGAAUUGAAUAAUCGAUGUUUCGAAAGUGUUUAACACGUAUUAUGAAACGUAUUGGUUUUGUGUAGAUACUACUUUUUUAUCUAUUAUACUAAAGGCAUAUUAUGUUUAUAAUUUACACAUGUAAAUAGUAUAACAAUAUAUUCGAUUUAUUUUCAUUACUCUGCUAAUACUUUUAUUCCGUAUAUUAAAAUGUGUAUAAUGAA